AUGGAGUUCAGUGCAGAUCUCAUCGAUGAUCGUAUAUGGCUUGGGGAUUUUGAUGCAAUGAUAAACAUUAUUGCUUUAGAUAGACUCAAUAUCACUCAUAUUUUAAGCGUGAUUAAUUCAGAUUUACCAACUGAUAUCAAUGGUAAAUAUACUCGCAAACAUAUCCGUGUUGAAGACGUUGAAACAACUGAUUUACUAAUUGAAUUUGAUGCCUGUUAUGACUUUAUAUCCAAUGCAUUGGCUGAAAAUGAAACGAACAAUGUUCUUAUUCAUUGUCUUGCUGGCGUCUCCCGCAGUGCUACUAUUGCAUGCAUGUGGCUCAUGCGUCGAUAUAAGCUAUCUGCUGAUGUCGCAUUGAAACGUCUCACAGCUGCACGUCCGGUCGUUCAUCCAAACCUUAGUUUUGCUGCUCAGUUAUAUCUAUUUGAACAAAUGAACCAUCAAUUAGAUGUGAACCAUGAUUUGUAUCGAGGAUUUCAAUUUGAACGUGCGCGCGCUAUUUAUCUCGAUUAUGACACUGAAAUGAAUGGUGUUGAUGCAAAGAAUACUCUUCGUCAACAAUAUCGUCAAGCUUUCGCACUUCCCCAUGGUCACGCACAAUGCACAGUUAUCAAAACGUAUCUAUGUCGACAGUGUCGCAAAGAAUUAUUUACUAAUGCAGAUGUGUCCCGACACUCCAAAGGCAUUGGGUUAUUCGAUUGGUUCAUGAAAUACGGAAGCGAUCGAUGCUUGAAACUGCCGACAGACAAAGAAUGUGAAGAAACCAUUUUUACCCAUUGUCUAGAUUGGCUAAUGACCCAGAUUGACACACCGGAAAAUCGACAUAGUAAUUCGAUAAAAUGUCCCAGUUGUUCAACGACUGUUGGGCAUUAUGAUCUAAAUGGUUUGAAAUGCUCCUGUGGCCGAUGGGUUACACCAGGUUUUCUCUUCGAUGUUAAACAAAUCGAAGAAAAAGAAUGUACGCAACUUAAUAUCGAAAUUACAAAUAAAUCAUCGACAGAAACAUGA